AUGGCGAUUUUUUCAAUUUGGAUAAUUAGUCGAGCCGGGGGAUUAAUUUAUCAGCAUGAUUACAAUUUGCCGAAAGUUGAAGUCGAGAAAACUUUCAGCUACCCGUUGGACCUUGUCCUGAAAGUUUAUGAUGAGAAAGUUGUCGUGGCUUUCGGCCAGAGGGAUGGCAUCAAAGUCGGCCACACAGUUCUGUCCAUAAACGGCCAGCCAGUUGAGGGCCGAUUUUGCAGAGAUGAGGCUGACGUCAAGAAAGAUGUUCUUGAGUUUCUGAACACCGAAUCCAACUACCCAAUGAACAUCAAGUUUGGCAGGCCCAAGCUCUCCACCAAUGAGAAGAUCAUGCUUGCAGGGAUGUUCCACUCAUUGUAUGCCAUAGCAUCCCAGCUAUCCCCACAGCUUCAUUCAUCUGGGAUUCAGCUACUGGAGACUGAUACAUUCAAGCUGCAUGCAUUCCAAACUCUCACUGGAAUAAAGUUUGUGGUGGUGACUGAUCCGAAAAGAACGAGUGAGGACUUGCUACUGAAGAGGUUGUAUGAAAUCUAUGCAGACUUCGCCUUGAAAAAUCCAUUCUAUAGCAUCGACAUGCCAAUAAGGUAA